AUGUCCUUUUACGAUACCUCCAUCAGCAACUGGGAAGUUCAAAGAUUUAGUAUACAAAGACUUAAAAUCAUUGAUAUUUCUCCCCAUUCUAGAAUUAACCAUCAACUUUUCCAAAACACAAAACAUUUGUCUCUUGGAAACAUUUUUUCAGCUCCAUUUUAUAAAAUCCUUUUCAAUUCUUGGACACAGAAACAUUGGAAAAACCUUAAAAUAAUAGAGAUCAAGCACCAUUUUUCUUACAAUCCUGUUUCUCCCAAUCAAUGGAACAUUGAAAACUCGUUUUUCUCUUUAACCGAGGCCCAUUUCCCUCCUGUCGAGUCCCUUUCACUCCACUUGUUUAUUCGUCAUGUCGAUAACGUUUUUAGCCAGUUACCAAACAUGCGACGCACAACAGGUUUUACCAUCCCCAAUGUUACAGAAAUGUUUAUUUCCAACACUGAUCUUGAUGAGUUCCAAGAUCUAAUGAGUUCAUUUAACUUCCCAGACUUGCAAUAUACCCACUUAGGCAUGGAAAAGCUGUCUCAUACACGGACGGCACAAAAUAAUUUCUUGAAUAAUGUUAAGUCUUUAGAAAUUAACUUUAGAGCAAUCAAUCAAGUUUUACAAGGUACUUCUCCUAAGGCUUUUACAAACCUACCAAACGUUAUCCGUUUAUCUAUCAAUAUGCCUGAAAUCCAAGUUCCAGAAAAAAAUUCCUAUUAUGAGUACAUGAGAAAACUUUCAGCUUUUUAUUAUAUUAAGCAAGAAAAAAUCUUCAAUCAUGAGUUCCUUGGGGAAGUAGCAAACACAGUUUUUAGCAACAGCGAUGAAGCAGGUAUCAAUAAGUUAAUUGAAAGCAUAAUUAAUCCAUUCCAAGAUUCGUUUAUUGAUUCGUCAAGCAAAUCCUUAAAUCAACUUUGUUUCUUGGAAUCUUUUUUUUAUUUGAUUGGAGAAAACUUGACCCAUGUUGAGCAUAUUUUCAUAAUAUGCCAUUCUUACCGAUUCUUCCCCUCUGUUCAUUUUGAACACUCUAUAAACCGCUUGAAAUUUUUGAAGCAAGUUCUUGUAUACAUGGAAGAUAAUCAGAUAUCGCUGCAGAAUAAUGGAAUUAUUUCAAACGCCAUUUCGUUUUAUCCGUAUCAACAGGAGUCCUUUUUCAACGCCGCAAUAGACGGGGGUGCUAAAACAAGAUAUAUUUCUUUGAUUGAUGUUGGUAGUAAGCAAAAAUAUGUCUUUGACUCAAGCGAUUAUCUUCUAUUGCUGUACCAAAACAAUGACAUUAGUAAAGCUAGUUUCAAUGGUUGGUAUUAA